CGCGAUUGGUCUACCGCUCUAGCUCUUAUCCUCCACUUUGCCCUUCUCGAGCUUCUCCCCCAGUCAAACCAACACCGAACACCGAGAUAUGCCCUGUAUCAUGGACGAGGAGCAUCUCGCCCACUUGCCCAUACUUUCCUCUUCGAGUAAGACCUCUCCAAGUGUGUGGUCGCACGCACGCACUCCCUCCUCCCCCUCCCCCUCCCCCGCUCUCUACGGCUGCGAGCGUGUUAGUUGGGACGGCAUCCAGCGGGUUACAGGCCGGUCACCAUGAAUUGUACAGACCACAGACACUCGAAAUAGCAGCCUGCCCAAGUACCUGAUGGAAUUGACAGCUCGAUAUUCAAUGUCCGGUCUCGUUGCGGCUGCCAGUUUCGGCGCUUGUCGCCUCCACAGAGAACCUACCGAGAUGGAUAAUGCUUCCAGGCUUUGACGCCUACAGCUGAUAGAGUACUCCAUGGAUCCCCCCCUCAGAUGCCGACACCUUCGGGGUUCGCGGGAUCGAUGGAGAUUCGCUGUCUGAGAGACACCGGCCCCUGCCCGUGCCACGGUUCCAGUUCCGUUCAUGGCGAGAACGCAAGCAUUACAGCGCAGCACUACGCUUGCUACGGUGCUUGUGCGAGUGCGUGUGAGUGUGCGUGAGACGUGGAACCUUGACUGUGCCAUCUUUUGUCUUGUCUCUCUAACUGUGGAGAGCAUACAUCGUUGUAACAGGCUCGAUCAGACGCCGGUGCCCGUUACUUGGUGACAAGAUACAUAGCCAUGGCGCGUUCAUUUCCAGAGCAUAAAUAUCUGGCAUUGGACCCUCGAUAUCCUACUUUCUCUCCUCCUCACUCUCAUCAUCAUCAUCAUCAUCUUUCUUCCUUCUUCUCUUACUUCUUCCUCUAACCAAUAAACCCUUUUCACAACCGCCAAAAUGGUCAAGGUUCUUGCAGUUCUCUACGACGGUGGCCAGCACGCCAAGGAUCAACCCCUCCUUCUUGGUACCACUGAGAACGAGCUCGGUAUCCGCAAGUGGCUCGAGGACCAAGGUCACACUCUCAUCACCACAUCCGACAAGGACGGUGAGGGUUCUACCUUCGACAAGGAGCUCGAGGAUGCUGAGAUCAUCAUCACCACUCCCUUCCACCCCGGUUACCUGACCGCUGAGCGUCUUGCUCGCGCCAAGAAGCUCAAGCUCGCUGUCACUGCUGGUAUCGGCUCUGACCACGUCGACCUCAACGCUGCCAACAAGACCAACGGUGGUAUCACCGUUGCUGAGGUCACUGGCUCCAACGUCGUCUCCGUUGCUGAGCACGUUCUCAUGACCAUCCUCGUCCUUAUCCGCAACUUCGUCCCUGCCCACGAGCAGAUCGAGGCUGGUGACUGGGACGUUGCCCACGCUGCCAAGCAGGAGUUCGAUCUUGAGGGCAAGGUUGUCGGUACCGUCGCUGUCGGCCGCAUUGGUGAGCGUGUCCUCCGCCGCCUCAAGCCCUUCGACUGCAAGGAGCUCCUCUACUUCGAUUACCAGCCCCUUUCUCCCGAGAAGGAGAAGGAGAUCGGCUGCCGCCGUGUCGACACCCUUGAGGAGAUGCUCGCUCAGUGUGAUAUCGUCACCAUCAACUGCCCUCUCCAUGAGAAGACCAAGGGUCUCUUCAACAAGGACCUCAUCGCCAAGAUGAAGAAGGGCUCUUACCUCGUCAACACUGCUCGUGGUGCCAUCGUCGUCAAGGAGGACGUUGCUGCCGCUCUCAAGUCUGGUCACCUCGCCGGUUACGGUGGUGAUGUCUGGGACCACCAGCCCGCUCCCAAGGACCACCCUCUGCGAACCGCCAAGAACAACUGGGGUGGCGGUAACGCCAUGGUUCCUCACAUGUCCGGUACUUCUCUGGACGCUCAGAUCCGAUAUGCCAACGGUACCAAGGCCAUCAUCGACUCUUACCUCUCUGGCCGCCACGACUACAAGCCUGAGGAUCUUAUCGUCCACCAGGGUGACUAUGCCACCAAGGCCUAUGGUCAGCGUGAGAAGAAAUAAAUGUAUUGAGAGAAUGGAAGAAAUGAUUUGUACAUGAUGAUGAUUAGUUUUACAACAACUGCAUUAUAGACGCGGGUCAAAAGCAAUCAGCGUUGCAGAUAAUACAAUUUGUUAAAGUUCUACCUCCUUUUGUCUUGUCUUCAGUGACCCUAACAAGAUGCCGUGAAAAGCCU